AGGGUGCAUCCUUGUUAAUUUCCACGAUAUCCUAUUUUCCCUCAAAAUGUUUUCCCCCAUUUUAAUCUCUAAAUUUUGAAUAUGGACUGAUUGCUUUGAUCUCUUACCUGUAAAUUCCCUCCUCGAAAUCGUAUGCAUAAAUUGGCAAGCCGAUGAUACGCAUUGUAUCUGCGACUGAUUAAUUAGCAGAAUUCCUAAAUUUUAGGUAUGGCUGCACCAUUUCAACGGUCUGCAAGUUUGGCUGUUGCAUUGCAAUUGGGGAUCCUUUUGUUGUUCCUGUCAUCGAUUGUUAUCGGAGAUGAUGUUUCUCGAGCUUCCCCCGACAAUGAAUCCGCUACCUGCGGUAACGACUUCCGAUUGGUUAAGGUCAAAAGGUGGGUAGAUGGUGUGGAGAAGGAGGCAAUAGGUGGAUUAACUGCCGAUUUUGGGUCUGUGUUACCUGCUCAUGCUGAAGAAGGCCACCGUUUCUCGGCUGUUUUUGCAGAUCCUUUAAAUGGCUGUUCACUCUCGUCUUCUAAUGUAUCAGGCUCUAUUGCACUGACAGUACGUGGUGAUUGCAUCUUUACAACUAAGGCUAAAGUUGCUCAAGCUGGGGAAGCAGCAGCACUGAUAGUGAUAAAUGAUGAGGAAGGUCUUGUGCAGAUGAGUUGUGGGAAUGAUACUACUUUAAAUAUCACGAUUCCUGUUAUUACAAUCUCCAAGUCAGGAGGAGAGGAACUAAAGAAAUCCAUGGCUAAUGGUGGAAAAGUUGAGCUUCUAUUAUACUCCCCAGAUCGGCCAAUUUUAGACUACUCAGUGAUAUUCUUGUGGUUGAUGGCUGUUGGGACAGUAGUUUUUGCUUCACUUUGGUCGGAAAUCACUGGAUCAAAGCAAACUGAUGUGCAAUAUAAUGAAUUGUCACCACAGGAUUCUGGUUCUGCCGCAGACAAGGAUGAUGAAGAGAAGGAAAUUCUCCAUAUAAGUGCUAAAAGUGCUAUAGUUUUUGUUAUAACGGCGUCAACUUUUCUGCUACUGCUUUAUUUCUUUAUGUCUGCAUGGUUCAUCUGGCUGCUGAUCAUACUUUUCUGCAUUGGAGGUAUUGAGGGAAUGCACAAUUGUAUUGUUUCAUUGGUCUUGAGCAAAUUCAGGGGUAGCGAACAGAAGAGAAUGAAUCUGCCACUUCUAGGGGAAGUUUCCAUCUUCUCUUUAGCUGUUCUGAUAUUCUGUGUGUUGUUUGCUGUUGCCUGGGCUGCUACCCGGAUGGAGUCCUACUCUUGGAUUGGACAAGACAUCCUUGGUAUAUGUAUGAUGAUAACUGUCUUACAAUUGGCUCAAUUGCCAAACAUAAAGGUUGCCACAGUACUUUUGUGCUGUGCGUUCGUGUACGAUAUCUUUUGGGUUUUCCUAUCUCCAUUUAUAUUCCAGGACAGUGUUAUGAUCGCAGUUGCUGAAGGUGACAAAAGCGGUGGAGAAUCAAUCCCCAUGCUUCUGAGAGUUCCUCGAAUUGCUGACCCAUAUUAUGGUUAUAACAUGAUAGGCUUUGGGGAUAUUCUGUUCCCCGGCCUGUUAGUCUCCUUCGCUUUUAGAUUUGACAAAGCUAAUGAGAAAGGGAUCUUAAAUGGAUACUUCCUGUGGUUGUCAAUCGGCUAUGGAGUUGGCCUAUUGUUUACAUACUUAGCGUUGUACUUGAUGGACGGGCAUGGCCAACCAGCUCUUCUGUACCUAGUUCCAUGUACACUGGGAACUUGUGUCUUGUUGGGAUGGAUAAGAGGCGAGACCAAACUCAUGUGGAACUACGACACAGAUGAUACCAGAGAAUCAGAUGAACAACUUGUGUCUGGAGAAGAAGCUUAAUGAACCAGACAUCUGUUACUACACGGUCGGAAUUGACCCUAAUAUCCCUGACUGUUUUUUCCGUCGUUCUUCAACUACGCUUGAUGAUCCUCGAGCAUUCUUCCUUGAUUUGAUGUAAACGUAAAAAGGAGUAUAUAUUUUUGGUAAGUCUCAAUGGCUAGUCGUCAACUUCUUAGGUUGAAUUGUUUUAAUUGUAUACGCACUUGGAAUAUUUCUCUUGUUGAUAUGAUGAAGUUUUCUUACACUCCACA